AUGUCGAAUGAUGAUGAUCAAGUAUCAAACGAUCAAAACGAGAAUAAUGGUACAUCACUACCAUCUCUCAACUUAAAUCAUAACAACAAUACACAUCCAAUAAUUAAUAAUGUUGAUGAAUCAUCCAUAAAUGAAAAUUUAAAACUUCAUUCUAAAUGUGAUGAGGAAAAAGAUUUAGAAGAUGAUGAUAUCUAUGAUGAAGCGUAUGAUGAAUGUAUGUCGGAAAAAAGUGAAUCCACACCAAAACCAUUCGAAACUAUUCCAGACUUAGAUCAAUUACAAUUAGCUCUACAAGCUAUUCAAGAACAACAACGUUUACAAAUGAUCAUGAUUAAACAGUUUCAAAUGCAACUACAAUCGUAUCAACAACAACAACAGUUAAAUGGCAGUAAAACAACUAAAGAAAGUUUAAUUGAGAAUGAAACUAAUUUUGAUGAAGAAAAUGAGAAUGAAAAUUAUUCAGAGAAUGAUCAAAAUUUUAAAACUAGUUUACUUUUAAAAGAGAAUUUAUAUGCAGCCAAUGAUCACACAUCGAAUUUAUACCGUCGUACAUGCACAUACUGUGGAAAGGGAUUUCAAAGUAUUAGUCAGUUAAAAAUUCACUGCAGAUCGCAUACAGGUGAAAAGCCGUUUCCUUGUACAUUGUGUGAUCAUCGUUUUACUACGCGUGCAAAUUUAAAAGUUCAUUUUGAACGUCAUCGUUUAAGAUCAGAACGAAAACAUGCAAAAAAACAAAUAGUAGUGAUCACUCCCAACAAUAUAAAAGAAAAUGUGGAAAUGAAGCAAGAUGAUGAUAUAUCAUCGACACCAUUAAAUCUAUCCACCUCAAAAACUGAUCCAAUUUUAUCCACUGUACAUGUUGAGAAUGAAGAAGAAGAUGAGGAUCAAGAUGAAGAUGAUAUUUCCACUACAAUACCAUCAACAUCCACAGUAACUUUAUCAAAUAACUCAGUAAUUAAUUUUGAUCAAUUUCAAAUGGAAUCUAGAGAAGGAGAACCAGAAGAUCCAAAUAUGGCCAAGUUAAAAGAUAUGAUUGAUCAAUUAGAACGCACAACAACCAAAACAGAUCCAAAUGAAUGCGUUGUUUGUAAACGAAUUUUAAGUUGUCAAAGUGCAUUAAAAAUGCAUUAUAGAACACAUACGGGUGAACGACCAUUUCGAUGUAAAAUAUGUGCACGAGCAUUUUCUACAAAAGGAAAUUUGAAAACACAUAUGAACGUUCAUCGAUUGACUGGCACAAUACCACCAUCAGCAAUAAAAUCGAGCACUGAAAUAUGUCCCAUAUGUCAAAAACAAUAUCCAAAUUAUGUUCAAUUACAACAACAUUUAAAAGUCCAUUUAAAUGAAUCAAAUCCGGCCAAAGUUGAAGCCGCGAUGAAAUUAAUUGAAAAUGCACAAGACAGAUCAGACGAAAUGAAUGAUGCUGAAGACUUGAGUAAAUCACCGCAAACAUCAAGAUCUCAUGAUUCGUCUGACGAACCAACCAGUGUGAUUGAACCAUCGUUGCAAAAAGCCUCAUCAACAGUAUCAACCUCCAAUGCGCAACCAACGCCGUUGCCUUCAUCAGUGACAGCAGCAACAACACUAUCAAAUUCGAUUGCAGCCAUCGCUUCAGCUGCAGCUGCAGCAUAUACAACAAAUCCAUUACAUUAUUCAAAUCCAUUUCCUUUACUUCCACCCAAUUUUUAUCCGGCAGCAAGUCGAAUGACACUAUCACAAUUGGGCAUGUUAAAUGCAGCAACUUUUCCUUUUUUUGCCGCAAUGGGAGGAGCAGAUCCAUCAGCUUAUGAACAACAACUUCAGAUUACAAUGACAGACACAAAUAAUAACAACAGUAUAUACACGAAUAAACUGAGUGAUAGUCAAACUCUAAAUAAUGGCGUCGAUGAUCAUAAAAUGCAGGUUGAUUCUGAUAAUUCAUCGUUAACAUUGGACAUUAGAAAUCCACCAUCUCUCUCAAAUCCCGUCUCUCCAACAGACUCAACAACUCAUUCAUCUGAAAGAUCACGAUCUCGAUCAUCGUCAAGAGGAACUGAAACCAGUCCACCCAAUGAUAGCGGUGAACAGAAUAAUUCAACUAGCAGACGAGCAUCAUCUCUACAACAUAUAUGCAAUGUUUGUACAAAAAAUUUUUCAUCUGCAUCCGCACUUCAGAUUCAUAUGAGAACUCAUACAGGAGAAAAACCAUUCAAAUGUCAUGUUUGUGGUCGAGCAUUUACUACCAAGGGUAAUUUAAAAGUUCAUAUGGGUACUCAUUUAUAUGCAAAUGGAUCUCGUCGCGGUCGCCGUUUUGACUUUAAUCAUUAUGCCUCAACGUCAUCCAGCUCAUCUUCAACGGCGUCCGCAUCGUCGACUACGACAGCUGCUGUUCAACGAGGCUCAACGGAUGCUGUGUAUCAACAAUGGGGACAAAAUCAACAUGAAAAUUCAAAAGUGAAACAAUUAUUCGAAUCAAAAGGAGUUGUGGCCGAUUUUCUGAAUCCAAUUAAAUCUAAUUAA